GCUCCGAUUUAGGGCUUAUUUAUUUAGAAAUAUGAAUUUAGGGCUAUAUUGCCUUUAACCGCACCUCGAUUUCUCAACGAAAGAGUUCGUAACUGUGCAUGCUUACAACUUUACUUUACAAGCUGUUUUCGAUCUAAUGUUAGCCAUCUUUCUCUCCGAAGCAGAACUGCAUGGAUCUAAUAAGUCAACUGCCAGAAGAUGUAAAACACAGAAUACUAGAGUGUCUAGAUACUCGAGAAGCGGCCAAAGCUGCUCUUCUCUCAACUCAAUGGAAUGAUGUUUGGUUGCGACAUGGCCGACUUGUCUUUAGCGAUGAGGUCUUAUUAGGAGAAUGUGAAGGCGUUAGAUGCUCGAAAAUGAUCACUAAUGCUCUGUUACUCCGUCCUGGACCGGUUAAGAAAUUCACUCUGGACACUUCCCUAUGGGAACCUGCUAUGCAGCAGUCUGAUUUAGAUCUCUGGUGUCGUUCUCUAACAAAAAAUGGUAUAGAGCAUCUUAACCUCACUAUUGAUGCUCAGGACAUGGGUGAUAAGUACACACUACCUGUUUGUAUAAUUUCCUGCCCGACAAUCAAACAACUGCAACUUGAUUCUAUUGAUAUUUGUUUGCCGGGCAAUCCUCGACCGGGUAGUAUGUUUUCUGGCGUGACCUCUUUAAAGUUCACUUUCGUUGAGUUUUACCGUCAUGAUAGCCUCACAGUUAUCCCUCAUAUUCCUUAUCUUGAGGUGCUAGUGUUCUGGGAUUGUCAUGGGAUAGAUACGUUCGUGAUCAAUGCUCCAAGACUUAAAUACCUCAGCUUCAACGAUGCUCGGUUCGUGGCUGAAUGGGAAUGGAUUGAGCUUCAUUUUCGUGUCAUUAAGACUCUUAUCUUUGGUGCAUAUACGUUUUUGGUGAGAAUCAUGCCUUCCUAACAUGUUGCACCAUUCAUAAAGAAUAGGCCCCUGAUACAUAUGUUUUUUCUCUAGUCUCAUUCAAGGUUAACCAAUUGCUUUGUUUUGUCUUUGACUUUAUAAAGUAUAAGACUGAUGCUACAAUAAAUAUCCAAGAGAGGCUUCCAAUUGCUACAAAUCUGCAAGUGAUUAAGCUGCAUGCUUUUAGGUUUGCUGAUGCGAAUUGCAUUAAUCUUGUUAUUCAAUUGCUUCGGAAAUGCCCAAAGCUACGCAAACUGGAGAUAUUUAUAUCAAACUAUCAGUCACGUUUGUGGGGUGAAGCCAGUCCAUCUAUUUUGAGAGAUCUGGACAGUUGGUUUUGUGAUCUGGAUCUCGGAGAGCUUAGAACAGUAAAGAUGAAAUCAUUUAACGGAUCACGACAGGAAAUGCUCUUUAUCAAAUUAAUUAUAUCAAAGUCUCCCUCCCUUGAGGAAGUUUUAAUUACGGAAUCAGGCCGCAUUGAUACCUCUGUGGCUUUAAAAGUACUAACGGAGAUGAUCUCCUACCCUCGUGCGUCGCCAAAAGCAAAGAUUGUUUUUCUGCGACCUGGCUAGGCGCUGCUCUAUUUUCUGAAUAUUAGGCAUUUUUAGCCCCUUAUAAGGUGCAUCUCCAUCGGUUCUGCUUGCAUAGGUUCUACACAAUAUAUUUGGUGAUUUAUGGUUUCUUCUAUUUUCAUAACCGCAUUUAAGUCACAGGUUGUGUAAGUUACUUUAUAACUUGCAAUGAGCGUGGGAAACUGUAGCGCUCUUGAAGUGAUAUCAAGUGAUAUAUAAACACAUAUUUAAUUCACAGGUUACAAGGUUCUACUUUUUACCAAAUAAAGAGCGUAGGUAAUACUUCGUAUAUGCUAUAAAGAAGUAUAGCACUACUAGAUUUCCUGGAUUAUCUGUCUUUUGUUGGUGUUUUUGUAACCUUGUAGUAUUCCAUCAUCCUUGUGGGUUUGUAUUGUUUCUAGUCCGUGUUUAGAAAAUAGGUUUUAUAAGCUGAAUCACUGGAGCUUGAUAAAAGUUUGACUAUAUCGAUGCUGAUAUGAUCAUACUCGAUAAGUUACACAAGUCAGAACAUUUAACAAUCGCAAAACAAGAGAAAUACUAAUGAUGUAAAUUCUUAAACUGUGCCAAGUGAACUUCAAAAUUUACUUAAAACAACUCUUAUUGUCUUGGAUAACAAAUCCAACCAAACUGAUUAGUGUGUAAGAAACGCAUUAGUUAUGAAAUCACUUUUGAUAGGCUAUAUGAAUCAUAGAAUCGUAAGUAGAAGAUAGACAUUCAUUACACCAUAUGAGCACGGAUAGAGCCAUUGCUGGUAUUGAAUACAUUGUUCAUCAACGCAACAUCAUUUUGUAUUCAAUACAUCGAUUCUUUCUCUCAUUCUUCUCUAUUUGUUUUUCAUUCUGUGACUGUUGGAUUGUUGGGAUCUAAUCAUGUCAAUUUUAUUUUUUAUUCCUAAAAGUUCUCUCUUUAUUUUUAUUAUCUUAAAUCUUUUAUUCUCUUCUUUUGUCUUCUUCUCAUUUUUAUUCUUUUCCAUGUUUAUACAUUCAAUUUUUCCUUCUUUUUUCUUCUUCUCUUUUAUUAUUUCAAUUCAAUGUUUAUGUACUUUUUCGGAUUAGUUCCCUUCGUGAAAAGAUAUUUUUCUCACCCUACUAAUUUUUUAUUUUACUUUCUUUUUACUUCCAUUAUUCUUUUCUUUUUUAUUUUUCUUACCUUAAUUCCACCAUUAAUAUAUUUUUCUAUAUUCUGCAUCACCAUAUUUUUCUAAGUGAUUCCAUUAUUAAUUCUAUCAGCUAUGAUGAAAAACUUUCAGAUAAAAAAAGUGAAGAAGGAAAAUGAAGGAUAAAAAAAAAGAGAAUUGUUGCAAAGAAAGAAAGAGAAAAGAAAAUAUAGCAUGAAUCCAAUAAGUCAAAAAGCCAUCUUCUUUAUUGUACUAUGAAUGUUAGAAUAAACAUUAUUUAAAACUAUCUAUAUGGGAGAAAAAAGUUGAAGUAUAGCUUCUGUAACGCAAUAAGGAAGAUCAAGAUUUGAGUAUUAAGAUAAACUAAAAAUGCAAUGAAUCUUUUGAGUAAUUACUAUUAUUAUUUCCAGUGCUUUCUUUUUUCUGUUAAUAUAAUAGCACAUGAUUGUUUUGACUCAUUCUUGGCAAAGAGAGAACUUUAUUGGAAGGUAGAUUCUGAUUUUCUAAUGUUAGUAGCCUUAAAUUCGAAAGAUUCCUAAUUGGCAAAAAGAGAACUUUAAUUUAAUAGCCAAGGAAAGUGAAUUGAGUUGGAAAAAUAGGCAAAUAAUAAUAUUCAAACUAUGGGUGUAUGCUCUGACUUAACUUACAUCUCUGCCUUGAUAAUCGAUUGCUUUUUUUCUCUUUCUCAGGUGUUAUAACCUUGAAAAUUACCAUGACGAAGUUUCGGAUAGAGGAACUAAAAGAUGCUCCCGCUAAACUUGAUCCAUAUCAACAAGGAAAGAAGUAGAUAUGACCAAAUACUGGACAUCUUCUAUGAUGAUUAGGCUAUGUUAUCAAUGAAAAUAAUUUAUUUUUGUGCAUUUCUUCAUGUAAAUUUAUAUGACAAUGGUGAGUCAACUGAUUUAUGUACUCUUUGCUAACAUAAUUGUCUUGGAUAAAUUUCACAAAUCUAUCCGAAGAAGAAAUUGUUGCUAUGGAAAGGUGGCAAAUAUUGUGGAUGAAAUUUAAAAGUAUAUUGUAUUAUAGGAGAAAAAAGAUAAAGGGUUAAAGCUGGU